AUGAAAUGUACAGCGCCUGGAUUAAACGAGUUUACAAUUACAUCCACUAAUACUGAUAUUGUGCCAAGUACAGAAGUGACAUACCGAUGUGAAUUUGGUUACCAGUUACCAGCUGGAGAUUUGGGAACCAGAAUAUGUCAGCUCGGUGGCACAUGGCCAGCACCUCCACCAGCAUGUGAAGUAAUAAAAUGUACAGCUCCGGAAAUAAACCAGUUUACAAUUACAUCCAGAAAUACUGAUGUUGUGCCCAGUACAGAAGUAACAUAUACAUGUGAAUUUGGUUACCAGUUACCAGCUGGAGAUUUGGGAACCAGAAUAUGUCAGCUCGGUGGUACAUGGCCAGCACCUCCACCAGCAUGUGAAGUCAUGAAAUGUACAGCUCCUGGAUUAAAUGAGUUUACAAUUACAUCCACUAAUACUGAUGUUGUGCCAAGUACAGAAGUAACAUACACCUGUGAAUUUGGUUACCAGUUACCAGCUGGAGAUUUGGGAACCAGAAUAUGUCAGCUUGGUGGUACAUGGCCAGCACCUCCACCAGCAUGUGAAGUCAUGAAAUGUACAGCUCCUGGAAUAAACCAGUUUACAAUUACAUCCAGUAAUACUGAUGUUGUGCCCAGUACAAAAGUAACAUAUACAUGUGAAUUUGGUUACCAGUUACCAGCUGGAGAUUUGGGAACCAGAAUAUGUCAGCUCGGUGGUACAUGGCCAGCACCUCCACCAGCAUGUGAAGUCAUGAAAUGUACAGCUCCUGGAAUAAACCAGUUUACAAUUACAUCAAGUAAUACUGAUGUUGUGCCAAGUACAGAAGUAACAUACACCUGUGAAUUUGGUUACCAGUUACCAGCUGGAGAUUUGGGAACCAGAAUAUGUCAGCUUGGUGGUUCAUGGCCAGCACCUCCAGCAGCAUGUGAAGUCAUGAAAUGUACAGCUCCUGGAAUAAACCAGUUUACAAUUACAUCCACUAAUACUGAUGUUGUGCCAAAUACAGAAGUGACAUACACAUGUGAAUUUGGUUAUCAGUUGCCAGCUGGAGAUUUGGGAACCAGAAUAUGUCAGCUCGGUGGUACAUGGCCAGCACCUCCACCAGCAUGUGAAGUCAUGAAAUGUACAGCUCCUGGAAUAAACCAGUUUACAAUUACAUCCAGUAAUACUGAUGUUGUGCCAAGUACAGAAGUAACAUAUACAUGUGAAUUUGGUUACCAGUUACCAGCUGGAGAUUUGGGAACCAGAAUAUGUCAGCUCAGUGGUACAUGGCCAGCACCUCCACCAGCAUGUGAAGUCAUGAAAUGUACAGCUCCUGGAAUAAACCAGUUUACAAUAACAUCCAGUAAUACUGAUGUUGUGCCCAGUACAGAAGUAACAUAUACAUGUGAAUUUGGUUACCAGUUACCAGCUGGAGAUUUGGGAACCAGAAUAUGUCAGCUUGGUGGUACAUGGCCAGCACCUCCACCAGCAUGUGAAGUCAUGAAAUGUACAGCUCCUGGAUUAAAUGAGUUUACAAUUACAUCCACUAAUACUGAUGUUGUACCAAGUACAGAAGUAACCUACACCUGUGAAUUUGGUUACCAGUUACCAGCUGGAGAUUUGGGAACCAGAAUAUGUCAGCUUGGUGGUACAUGGCCAGCACCUCCACCAGCAUGUGAAGUCAUGAAAUGUACAGCUCCUGGAUUAAAUGAGUUUACAAUUACAUCCACUAAUACUGAUGUUGUGCCAAGUACAGAAGUAACAUACACCUGUGAAUUUGGUUACCAGUUACCAGCUGGAGAUUUGGGAACCAGAAUAUGUCAGCUUGGUGGUACAUGGCCAGCACCUCCACCAGCAUGUGAAGUCAUGAAAUGUACAGCUCCUGGAAUAAACCAGUUUACAAUUGCAUCCAGUAAUACUGAUGCUGUGCCCAGUACAGAAGUAACAUAUACAUGUGAAUUUGGUUACCAGUUACCAGCUGGAGAUUUGGGAACCAGAAUAUGUCAGCUCGGUGGUACAUGGCCGGCACCUCCACCAGCAUGUGAAGUCAUGAAAUGUACAGCUCCUGGAUUAAAUGAGUUUACAAUUACAUCCACUAAUACUGAUGUUGUGCCAAGUACAGAAGUAACAUACACCUGUGAAUUUGGUUACCAGUUAACAGCUGGAGAUUUGGGAACCAGAAUAUGUCAGCUUGGUGGUACAUGGCCAGCACCUCCACCAGCAUGUGAAGUCAUGAAAUGUACAGCUCCUGGAAUAAACCAGUUUACAAUUACAUCCAGUAAUACUGAUGUUGUGCCCAGUACAGAAGUGACAUACACAUGUGAAUUUGGUUAUCACUUGCCAGCUGGAGAUUUGGGAACCAGAAUAUGUCAGCUCGGUGGUACAUGGCCAGCACCUCCACCAGCAUGUGAAGUCAUGAAAUGUACAGCUCCUGGAUUAAAUGAGUUUACAAUUACAUCCACUAAUACUGAUGUUGUGCCAAGUACAGAAGUAACAUACACCUGUGAAUUUGGUUACCAGUUACCAGCUGGAGAUUUGGGAACCAGAAUAUGUCAGCUUGGUGGUACAUGGCCAGCACCUCCACCAGCAUGUGAAGUCAUGAAAUGUACAGCUCCUGGAAUAAACCAGUUUACAAUUACAUCCAGUAAUACUGAUGUUGUGCCCAGUACAGAAGUAACAUAUACAUGUGAAUUUGGUUACCAGUUACCAGCUGGAGAUUUGGGAACCAGAAUAUGUCAGCUCGGUGGUACAUGGCCAGCACCUCCACCAGCAUGUGAAGUCAUGAAAUGUACAGCUCCUGGAUUAAAUGAGUUUACUAUUACAUCCACUAAUACUGAUGUUGUGCCAAGUACAGAAGUAACAUACACCUGUGAAUUUGGUUACCAGUUACCAGCUGGAGAUUUGGGAACCAGAAUAUGUCAGCUCAGUGGUACAUGGCCAGCACCUCCACCAGCAUGUGAAGUUAUGAAAUGUUCAGCUCCUGAAAUAAAUGAGUUUACUAUUACAUCCACUAAUACUGAUGUUGUGCCAAGUACAGAAAUGACAUACACAUGUGAAUUUGGUUACCAUUUACCAGCUGGAGAUUUGGGAACCAGAAUAUGUCAGCUCGGUGGUACAUGGCCAGCACCUCCACCAGCAUGUGAAGUGAUUAAAUGUGACAUAUCAGGAUAUAAUCAAUUCACAAUCCCAUCAUCCACUGAUGCUGUAGUACCAGAUACUGAGGUGUCAUACACAUGUCAACCUGGUUACCAGUUACCAGCUGGAGAUUUUGGGACCAGAAUAUGUCAGCUCGGUGGUACAUGGCCAACACCUCCACCGGCAUGUGAAGACAUUAAUGAGUGCUUGACAACUCCAUGUCAAAAUGGAGCUACAUGUCACAAUGAAGAAAAUGCCUAUAGUUGUACAUGUAUGCCUGGAUACGAAGGAACUGAUUGUGAAAUAAAUAUUGAUGAAUGUGCCACUGCUGUUUGUCAGAAUGGAGCCACUUGUAAUGACCUAGUUAAUGGGUACACAUGUACUUGUGCUGCCGGGUAUACAGACACACACUGUGAAACUGAAAUCCCGUGUGAGGACCCCCAGACUAUUACACAUGCUAGUGCUACUGUUACUGGACUUGAGGUUGGUGAUACAGUGGAAUACCAAUGUGAUUUUGGUUACUUACUAAGUGGGAAUUCUCUCCUGACCUGUGUUGUUGGACCAUCCUGGGAUGGAACCUUACCAACUUGUUCAAUAAUUGAAUGUGUAAAGCCAUCUGCUCCUGCUCAUACUAGUACUGGUGGCUCUGGUAAGCUGGGAGGCUUUGGUUUCAAUACCAAUACUAACUCUGUACCUGGUCAGUCCAUCACAUACACCUGUAAUGCUGGCUAUGAACUGACCGGUGGAGAUCUAACCAGGAACUGUGAGUUAGGAGGUGGAUGGGAUGGACAGGAGCCUGUGUGUACAGAAAUAGAUGAGUGUGAAGGUAUAGUUUGUGAGAAUGGUGGAACAUGUGUUGAUGGGUUCCUGUCCUACAGUUGUGAAUGUACAGAACAUUUUGAAGGAACACAUUGUGAAACUAACAUAGAUAAUUGUGUUGGUAACAACUGUGAGAAUGGGGCUACCUGUGUGGACGGUCUGUCUUCAUAUACCUGUACCUGUGCUGAUGACUUUGAAGGAGAUCUCUGUGAAACUCAAAUUGAUGAUUGUGAAAACAACCAGUGUCUGAAUGGUGCUACAUGUGUAGAUGGUAUAAACAGUUACACAUGUACCUGUCCAGAUUCACAUACUGGGGAACACUGUGAAAUAGAUAUAGAUUUUUGUGACGGAGUAAACUGUCUUAAUGGAGGUGCAUGUCAAGAUGGACUGUUAACAUUCACAUGUAAUUGUGACCAAAGUACUGCAUAUUAUGGACAAUUCUGUCAAAAUCUUGAUGGAGCCUGGGGUGAAUGGAAUGACUGGUCCCAAUGUUCAGCUACCUGUGGUGAUGGAAUAGAGACCAGUACUAGAACCUGUACCAGUCCACCACCAGAGGGAGAGGGAAGCAUUUGCCAAGGAGAAGGCACAAAGACACAGGCAUGCAAUUUGAUGGGCUGUAAAUGGCCAUCUGAUACAAAUACAGAGUUCUGUACUGGCAAAGCUGCUGGUUCCUAUGCUAAUCCUAAAGAUUGUACCAGUUACUAUAUAUGUAGAGAUGACUUCACUGGUGCCCUGUUGGAAUACUGUAUGGAGGGAGAGAACUGGGAUGACACCAGUAAACAAUGUGAUCCUAAUGCACCAUGUGACAGUGAAGAUGUUGGAGAUGCAGAUGUGGAUGGAGGAUGGUCAGACUGGUCCACUGGACCCUGCUCAGAAUCAUGUGGCACUGGAACCAAAGUACUAACAAGAACUUGUACAAACCCCACCCCACAGAACAAUGGAGCUGACUGUGUAGGAGAAGGUUCAAAGACUGAACCCUGUGAAAGGAGUCUUUGUCAAGCUGGAGGUUGUCAAGAGGUUCGAUGUGAGAGCUGGCAGUAUGACCAGGAGAAUUGUAAUGUGACUGGUAUGGUACCUGACAGUCUGAUCUACUCUAUGGAAAUCAUUAAACGUUUGACCGGAGCACCAUGUGUAAAGAACGAGACUUUUGGUUACAAUGAACGUAAAGAUAUCUGGGUAGAUAGUGGAUGUCAGGGAGACUUCCAAGUAUGCUUCAUUAGAGAGUAUGACGAUUGCUCACCCGCACCUUGUCUAAAUGGUGCUACCUGUAUAGAUGGUAUUGCUGAUUAUGAAUGUACAUGUACCUCAGGUUUUUACGGAGACAAUUGUGAGCAUGUGAGGGACAGCUGUUAUGGUGUGGAUUGUAACAGUGGAACGUGUGUUGUGGAUCCACAGGAUGCCACACAGUAUAGUUGUCAAUGUAACAGUGGUGCCACAGGUGACCACUGUGAAGGCAUGGAUACUGGUGGAAUGCAGUCUGCUGCUGGAAAUGUACAGAUCAGUUUGUUUGGAACCUUCCUAGCUGUUACCAUGGCAAUGAUGUGGAAUUUGAUUUAA